AUCCGACUUUGCUUCUUUCAGAAUAGUCGCAAGUGAAUGGUCAAUUUCUUACACAAACAUGAAGAAUCAGACUGACUUCAAUCACUCAUUCUGGGGUUUUGGGAAAGAGCAAGAGUUCAAGCCUCACAUUAAACACGUUGAGCCCGUUCUGACCGAAUGUGACCUUGACUGGAAAUCCCAACUACGCUGGAUACCUGAACCUCGAUAUGGUGAUGCCCCAUUUCCACACAUCAAAGACAUAAAGUUUCCCAGUGAAAGGAAACUGAUGAGGUCAUUCCCCCAAGCUAAUAUGAUGUCUGGAUCUGAGUGGAGCUUUUAUCCAAACUUUGGACAGACCAGAGUCUAUCACACUGGAAAGAGAUGCUUUAUAGACAGUAUGAAUCAUACAAGAAGAUGUAUUUCAGAAAAUUCCCUGGAAUCAUCUAUAGGGAGAAAAAAGCAGGUCACAGAUAAAUUCCACACAGCAAUAAGAGCCAGACCAUUUCUAGUUCCUGAAUAUAGCCCUGGAUUUCACAAAUAUGGAUCAACACUACGCACACCUACUUUUGGGUUUUUUGAUGCAUAUAAAUCACUUAAGCUUCCACAGCCCCCAUCAAAAGAUUUCAGAGCGUCUUACAGUGAGAAAAUUAAAGCUCAAGAAAAAGAAAAUGACAUUCUUGAAGUCAAGAGGCUGAGCAGCUGGAAACCUGGAAGGUUUUGAUAUCAUUAUUGUAUUUAUUACUUUUUGUCACACACGUUGCUGUUUUAUUUAAAGGGACACUCCACUUUUUUAGAAAAUAUGCUCAUUUUCCAGCUCCCCUAGAGAAAAUAGUCCCCUGCUAUUGAAAGUUACCAAGGGGACUAUUUUCAGGCAGUGCGUAAUAUCAUUGCGCAUCCUGCAGCCAUGUUAAGGCAGCAAAGUCCUUGAUUAUUACGCCAGAAUGAGAGUAUAGUUCAGA